AUGAGUAGUAUGACUUUUAUUUUUAUUGUUGUAUCAAUAUUAACAAUAUUAUUUUUAGCUCUUAAUUUUAUAUUAGCACCUCAUAAUCCCUACCAGGAGAAAUACUCUAUAUUUGAGUGUGGAUUUCAUAGUUUUUUAGGACAAAAUAGAACUCAAUUUGGUGUAAAGUUCUUUAUUUUUGCUUUAGUAUAUCUUUUAUUAGAUUUAGAAAUUCUGGUAAUAUAUCCUUUUGGUCUUAGUGGGUAUGAAAAUGGGGUAUAUGGUUUAAUAAUAGUACUUAUAUUUAUAGGUAUUAUUACUGCAGGAUUUGUAUUUGAAUUAGGUAAAAAUGCAUUAAAAAUAGAUAGUAGACAAUCUUUUAAUUAUUGUUAUAAAUCAAAUAAAUUUGUAAAUACUUUAUAUGAGAAUAAGUAA